CUCUUCCAUCUUCCGAAAAUGACGUCAGGUCAGUUUGCUGGAUGGAAAAUAGUGAUAGUGCUAACCUUCAUAAAUCAUAAUAUUGGUAAAAAAAAUUUUUGCCAAAACUUCAUACACGUGUGUGUAAAAUUUUUCUUUAGAGUUUAGUGCUCAUAUUUUACUUUAUCUGCUAGGAAUCUUUACAAUGGGCAAGAAAAAGUCUUCAGGGAGUAAAAAACAGCAAUCUUUAGCCGCAGCCGUUGAAGAAGCUGAGCAAGAAAUUGACGAAUUGAAACUGAGCGAUGACACGAAGCCCUCUGGGGCAGGGAAGACGAAGGAAGGGGGAAAAAAAGGGAAAGUCGAGGCGAAAGUUGAAGAAGAAUUUGAAUUUGAUUAUACUGGUGGUGAGAAUAUAGCAGAGGAGAUAGAUGGCUCUCAAGGUUUGUGUAUUACAUAGUGUGUGUGGGAUGUUUAUGUUGUUUAAAUAUAUAUAAAAUACUGUAUACAGAAAUGUCUUGAUUGUUUUUAUAUAAUCAUAUGUAUUUUAUAUUUCUUUAUUGUCAUCUUUUGUUAAUUAUGUAUUUCAUAUGUAUUAUUAUUGUAAUAUUUACUGUAAAUCCUCCAUUAAGAUCCCCCCCUCACAGGCCCACAAAAAAUUAGGCAUUUUGUGUGUGGGGGCGCUUAUUAUUAAAGGAGUUGCAGCAGUAUGUGUUUAAAUGCCCAUAAUCUACUCAAUAUGACUAGUUGUAUAUGAUUCUAAUACUGGCGUAUGUACUCGAAUAAAUGCCGUCAGCUGUUGUUUUCAUAUGCCAGAAUGACAAUCAUAUAUGACUAAUCGUAUCGUGUCAAUUUAUUAUUAGAGCAAGAUGGAAAGCAAUUGAGUCGAAAAGAAUUGAAAAAGCUGAAAAAACAGGUUAGUUUUGUCACACUUUGUUUUCAACUAUGCAGUGAAUGCUACAAAUGUUAAUGCAAACUCUGAUCUAAGUUGCUUCAAAAACAAAGGUCUCAUUCAAAAACAAAGGCCUCCUACCCCCUUCAGCUGUCCUAAUACACUUACUAUCAUCAGAAACAUUUUUCUUCCCUCCCCUUCCGGACAGCAGAAAUUUCCGCCGUGGGGGAGUGUGGAUCUUUUCUGGAGCAACCCAUUAAGUUUGGCACAUGAUAAGCAUCAUGUUUAAAUUAAACCAGUUGUAUUUAUUUCAAGGAAAAAUAUUUACAAGAAGCAAAGGAAAUUGAGGACUCUCAGUUCUCUGUGUCUCAACGUGAAGCCUCUGGCAAAGGAAAUGUUGUGGAGAAUGCCUCGGACAUCAAGGUAUUUUAAAAGAUACAUAGGAUUCGAAUUUAGAACUUAAGAUUAAGGCAUACCUUAAUCUUAAUCAUCAGCAGAGACCCAUUUACACAAUGCAACUAGUUGUAUACAAUUCUUGUCCUCGCUGGCGUAAUAGUACAGUAUCCGGUACUCGAUUAAAUGCUUGUAAAGAUGGCGCAUUUCAAAUGUCAUCAUUCAUCAGUCAUUUUCAUGCGCCAGAAUGACAAUUGUAUAAGAUCAGUCAUUUUGCGUAAAUGGGCCUUAGGGCAUUCAUCGAUCUUUCAUCUUAAAUUUAUAGAUUGAAAAAUUUGGUAUAUCAGCUCGAGGGAAAGAUUUGUUUGUAAAUGCAACGUUACAAAUAGCUGCCGGCAGACGUUACGGCCUGGUUGGACCAAACGGGUAAGGGCACAUAAGCAGCAAUGGUCUGAACUACCAGAAAAAAACUAAUAAACAUUCUGUGUUGAUGUUUCUGAUAUCCAGUUGCUGUACUUUUACUUUUGGUCUCAUUUUAUUUCAGCAUGGGAAAAACCACGUUACUCAAUCAUAUUGCCAAACGGAUUCUUGCCAUUCCACCAACUAUUGAUGUGUUACUUUGUGAACAAGGUACAUUGAUGGGUUAAUUAAGAGUAUCUGAGACUUUCAUUGUUGAAAAAAAAUUAUUGCUUAUAGUUACUCAUUUUCCACGUACUAAAUUGGUUCACACAAAGCAAAACCAAAAAAUUUAGCAACGUAAUUGGUUAGUGAAAAAAUUCGCUGUGAAAAAGUUGGAUUGCUUACUACUUCUUUUGCGACAAAUUUUUUCACAAGACAAAUGUUGCCCAUUUUUUUCACUUCACACAAACAAAUUUGCCUAGUGGAGAACUGAUGUAGCCCCCAUUGCACACCGGGCCCCGACAUAUACCCCACUUCCCGCACCCCCACUUCCCCUCAACAUAUUGUUUUUUAUAUACAGAUGUUGAGGCUGACAACACUCCUGCUUUUGAUGCUGUGCUUAAAGCUGACACAAAAAGACUUGCUUUGUUGGAUGAAGUAAGUUGUUUUGAAUUUGUUGAUAAUGGAACAUGAAUGGAUAAUUAAUUUUGUAAAUAAUAUUAAAUCAGGAGAAAAGGCUGACAGAGCAAAGUGCAGCAGGUGACGAGAGUGCAAUGACACGACUCAAAGAGGUACUGUGUCUAUGUUUUUCAUUUUUGCAAGUCUGUUCUUCAUUAGGUAAUUUCAGAUAACAACCUGUUGUUUCAUUUUCUCCAAUUAACAUAUUUUAAAGGUGUAUGUAGAACUGGAAGCCAUUGGUGCUGCUUCAGCUGAAAGUCGAGCAAGACGGAUCUUGGCAGUAAGUUACCGAUUGAGUCGCAGCACUCUCCUUGAUGAGUAAAAUCAUCUGGGGAGACCGGUUCAUUAGCAGCCCUCGAAAACGAGGUCGGCAUUCGGCAAUGCCAACCUAAAUGCCGACCUAUCAGCCUCCCAGGUCGGCAAAUUUUUGCCAACCUUAAUUCAGCCAAAGUAAGAAUUUUUUGUUGCUGAUAGCUGUUAAGAAGUCAGCGAUUACAGAAUUCGAUUCGUAGUUCGAUUACUAAACACACUUCGGUGUAAGGUUAAAAAUUGACGGGUAUUCAAUAUAUAAUUUCGGUAAGACUACAAAAGAAAAGCUGUUGUGUUACUUUUCAAUGAUUCGUAAAUUGUACGUGAUUACUACUGCUCCAAGACACGAAAACAGAUUGCCAAGACAUGCCGACCUAGGUCAGAUUUAGGUCUGCAUUUUUUUGCUGACCUCCAUUUUGACGGUUUUUGAGGGCUUCAAUAAAGGGUAUGGGCAAUGAAAAUUUCUUCAUCUAUCUUAUUGCUUCAUCUGAAAGAGCAUGAAAAAAUAAGCCGAUUGGCCGUUUACUGCUCUAUUCUAUCUCAUCUGGUUCCGAAGUUAUAAGCAAAAAUGUGCAAAAUAUAAAUUGCUGAUUCAGCACAAUGUGUGACGUCAUAAGCGGGGUAAGUAUGUUUAUUGAAUAGUAAACUAAAGCAUAGCUGAGUGAUUAUUGGCUCAAAUCAAAUGAAAUUUUGCAUACAGAUAGUACAUGAUGAGACGCAUGGGAAAAUACUUCUAAUUUCGUUGUCAAGGCAACACAGUCGUUCCCAGGCCCCUUACACUGAUUUUGAAUAACUAGUUGCAUUUCUCUAUGUGUAUGUCAUUUUCGAAUUAUUAUCAUGCAAGUAAACUUUCGGCAUGCAUAGGUAUCGUACACAUACUUCUGAUAUUAUUUUAUUUUUAUCAGUACCUUGAAUAAAGCUGUUUUAUAAAAUUGGCGCAAGGGUCCUGGGAACGACAUUGUUACCUUGGCAACAAAAUUAGAAGUGUUUUUCCAUGCGUCUCAUCAUGUACAAUCAGUAUCCAAAAUUUCAUUUGAUUUGGGCCUAUGCUUCAGUGUAGUAUUCAAUAAACAUACUUACCCCGCUUAUGAUGUCACACAUUGUGCUGAAUCAGCAAUUUAUAUUUUGCACAUUUUUGCUUAUAACUUCGGAACCAGAUGAGAUAGAAUAGAGCAGUAAACGGCCAAUCGGCUUAUUUUUUCAUGCUCUUUCAGAUGAAGCAAUAAGAUAGAUGAAGAAAUUUUCAUUGCCCAUACCCUUCAAGGACACAUUGCUACUUAUAGGGUUAAAGCAUGAAAUUUAUGAUACUUGUCUGCUGUGGGCCAUGUGGCGGAAGCUGACAAAUACACUCUCAAAGUAUGCAGGAUUAUGGAGCAAUUUAUUUUUAGGGUCUUGGGUUUACAACAGAGAUGCAACAACGCCCAACAAUCCAGUUCUCAGGAGGAUGGCGUAUGAGAGUUUCACUUGCCAGGUUUGCAUGGUUCUGUUGUUAACCCAUUGAGUGGCAGCACUCAAUCUCCCCAUGACAAGUAAAACUGUCUGGCGUUAGACAGAGUAAAAUAAUAAACAAGGUGGCAUCAGAACCCUGAUUGCCACUUAAGUUAAAAAUAUUUUUUGAAAUAUGUAUUAUUUACCGUAAUAUUUGUUGUAUCUUAAUUAUAUGUGAUUUAUGUAUUCAAUUCCAGAGCACUCUUUAUGGAACCCACUUUGUUAAUGCUUGACGAACCUACGAAUCAUUUGGAUUUGAAUGCCGUCAUCUGGCUGGACAAGUAAGUAUUGCAGUAAUGUACAAAAUCUCACAACUUGUCAACAAGAUGUGUUCUCAACAAGUUGUAACAAUGCUGUUAUUUUAUCAAGUUGCUACAAGGUUGUCACACACAACUUUUUCACAAAUUGUUGAAUUGCAGGACGAUAACAAGCUGUUAGAACAACAAGUAAAAAGUCUGUUGAGCUCAACAACCUCCUUGUAGCAACUUGUCAACAAGCAGUGCACACACAUCCUGUUGACAAGUUGUUGGAACAGUAAAUUGCUACAAGUCUGCUGCAACUUUGUUACAAACUUGUGCGUGUGUACACCUCAUAUUUGAAAUGCAGACACAAGUUAUUUGUUACAUGUUUGAUCUUUCUACCGACAGCUAUCUUCAACAAUGGAAGAAAACGUUACUGAUAGUUUCUCACGAUCAACAUUUUCUCGACAGUAUUUGUACAGAUAUCAUCCAUUUGAGUAAGUAGUAAUAAAUUUACGUUGUGUUUCCACCAACAAAAGUAUCGUAUGUUUUAUCGCCAUGCAAUCCUACCAUAGAAAUACAGUAAUAGAUAUAUCUAUUAUUUCUAUGAAUCCUACAUACAAAGAACUUAAAGUAAUGAUAUGUUUCUCACUUGGCAAUUCAUUUCCUCAAACUAAAUGUACUCAAUUUGUUGUUAUAGAUGAACAGAAAUUAUUUUAUUACAGAGGAAAUUAUAGUGAGUAUACAAAUAUUGUAUUGCAUGUACAAGUUUGUUUUAGUACGUAGAGGCCACUCGCAGACUGCAAAUUUUCGCCAGCAAAUUAAGUUAUGUACGAUGCAUAAAUUAUACAAUGAGCUAAUUACACAUUCAGUUCAUUCUGCCCGACAAAGCAAGACAAACUUUUUGCAAAUUUCUUGUCCAACUUCCAUUCAAAUUUAAUUAGCCAAAAUUUAACCAAUAGACCUUAAUACCGAUUAUUCUCUUUUACCCAAUGGCCUUGUUUCCAUGUUAACUUAUUUUAGCAUGUCAGGGGCAGAUUUAAAUAUUAUAUUCCCAUGUUUUCCCGGACGAAUUUGUAAUUGCUGUGUUCUUAGGCUCAAUAACAAGGUAAUUUUCAACCCUACUAAGCACAAAACAUGAGUAAGUAAUAGUAUUUGACAUGAAAACGUGGCCAGUGGGUAAAAGAGAAUGAUCGGAAAGGUCUAUUUGCUCUUGGACAAUGUCAUUAGUCCCACAAUUUUUUUUAUUAAUAUGUUUGGUAUUUUUUGAGUUGUUGUGCUAUAGCAGACAAACACACAGGCACACCUGCAAAUACGAGUGAAAACACACCCUGCUGGCAGAGGUUUAAGAUGUAACAUUUAAAAUAUUUUCAUGCAGGCCAAUUUAAGAAAAUGUAUCAACAGAAAUUACGGGAGCAAGAAAAAGCAUAUAAAAGACAGGAGAAACAAAUUAAAGAUUCAAAAAGUGGUGGAAAAUCAAAGAAACAAGCUGUAAGAACAUUAUAUUUUAUAUAACACUGGGAUUUUCUUUUCAAAAUCCUAAUUAAGUAAAUUUUUGAUAAACAUUUUUGUUGGAAAUAGUAUGGAAACCCUAUUUUCAAACAAAUUGCAAUUUUCAUACUAUGGAUAUAGUAUGGGAAAAGUAUGGGACCGUAUACUAUGGACUUAGUGGUGCAAUUUCAAAUUCAUACUGUAGUAUGAAUUUUCACAAUUUUUCUCUAGUGUAAUCUACUCUGUGUUAAGCAUUUUGUCUUAUACAGCCCACGUGGAAGAAAUUUUACUUGAUACAUAUUCUCCACUUUGUUAGGUUGAAGAUGCCAAGGCCACACAAAAAAGAAAAAAUGAAAAAGGUGGUGGGAAAAAAGCAACCAAUGAAGAUGCAGUAAGUUGACACGUGACUUCCUCAUGUUAAUUAUAAUAAAGAUGUUCAGAUUUGACUGUCACUAACAGUACUUUUAUGGGACCAUUAACCAAUCGCAUGCAUUUAAUCUACCUGAUUAACCAAUCGCAUGCAUUUAGUCUACCUGAUUAACCAAUCCGAUGCAUUUAAUCUACACGAUUACAGUCGUGCCAAUAGAAGCGUUCCAAAAAAUGUUGACCAGUUCAUUUCCUAACUUUGAGAAGUUCCUCUGAACAAUUCCUCAAGUCCUCAACAAUUUGAUAAGUUCCUUAAGAAGUUCCUAACUUCCUGUUUCAUUGACCAAUCAGAUUGCUCAAAAAUAAAAUGUAAAAUUUGAUUGGUCAAUGAAACAGGAAGUUAGGAACUUUUUAAGGAACUUAUCAAAUUGUUGAAGAAUUGUUCAGAGGUGUUCCUUCAAGUUAGGAAAUGAACUGGUCAACAUUGGCACGACUGUAACCAAUCGCAUGCAUUUAAUCUACCUGAUUAACCAAUCAGAUGCAUUUAAUCUAUCUGAUUAACCAAUCAGAUGCAUUUAAUCUACCUGAUUAACCAAAUCUGAACCUCGACAUUUUUCCGUGCAAAGUUUUCUCCGAAUAAUAUUGUGAUGGGCGGCAAAAUUUUAAAUGGGUGAGUCAUACGUACAGUAUAAGGCCGUUUGCUGCGUCCUGAUAUCGUUCACUUUCAUUAAGCAUGUCUUGGAACUGAAAUAUUUUUACGGGAACUAACACUUUCAAGCACGCUGAGUUCGAAUCCGAAAACUUCCCGCGCCGUAAACCCGCAGUUUUCUCACAAAAUGCUAUUUUAUCUUCGCUGAUUUCACAACAAAUUUUUUCAUUGUUCAACGACAUGGAUCGAUGACGCCACAGCAAACGGCCCAGUAGAUAAAUAAAAACUAGUAGAUAAAUAAAAACUAGUAGAUAAAUAAAAACUAGUAGAUAAAUAAAAACUAGUAGAUAAAUAAAAACUAGUAGAUAAAUAAAAACUAGUAGAUAAAUAAAAACUAGUAGAUAAAUAAAAACUAGUAGAUAAAUAAAAACUAGUAGAUAAAUAAAAACUAGUAGAUAAAUAAAAACUAGUAGAUAAAUGGUGUAAGCAUCCUGGCGGUUUUCUUUAUUUUCUCGAUGUAUGUUUGAUCGUUUUCAGAUAUUUUGAUGUUGUAUAAUUUUAGAUGGAGGCUGACACGGUAGAAUUGAUCAAGAGACCAAAAGAGUAUGUGGUCAGGUUUUCAUUUCCGAAUCCGCCGCCACUUAAUCCGCCAAUUUUGGGUCUGAAAGGUAGGUACAUGUACUACUUAAUCAUAAUGGUUCGACUACGCCAACAGCAAUCACAACCACAAUAACUUGGUGUGGAUAUAUGUACACAGUACCCUUAAUGUAUCUAAGCUAAGUCUUGAUGUUUGUGAUGUUACUCUGAGUGUAUAUCCACACCGGGCAGGCUUGAAAAUAUGCCUGGCCACGGUGGGAAUCGAACCUACGACCUUUGGAAUACCAGCCCAAUGCUCUGCCAACUGAGCUGCUCUGCCAACUGAGUGUAGUUCCUUCGAUAUAUAUGCAAGUUGCAAUGUUUCUUCGAUAUCAAUGCAAUAUCUAUUUCUAUGUUUAAUAGAAGUCACAUUUGGCUACCCAAAGCAACCGAAUUUGUUCAUCAAUUUGGAUUUUGGAAUUGAUCUCAGUUCACGAGGUCAGUGGAAAUACACUAUUUAAUGUCUAGAACAAGUAUAAGGUAUCGACCUUGACCUUGUUCUACUGAUUUUCUUCAGUCCAGGUAACACACCCUUUCACAAAGUACUCAGUCUUGGCUAUAGAACCUGUAUGAUUUCGUGAUUGAGUGUGCAUACAGUAAGACCCCGUGUAUAAGAACCUAGAUUUUUCUAGUUAGCCUAAACAAGUUCUUAUACAAAUGGUGUUUAUCGUGAAAUUAGGCUAAACAGGUUCUUAAAUAGGUUGUUAUUUUCUAAAGAAAAAGCGUCUCAAUUUCGGUUGGUGUAGGUACAGUGAUGUGUUCAAACAAGACAUGCUGUUUAUUGUUAUGACAUAUCCAGGCUUUCUUGCCAUCCUACUUUUCCUACUUUUUCCUACUUUUCUUCAACUUUCCUACUUUUCCUAUUUUUUAUUAAAAAUUGCUUGAUUUUCCUACUUUUUCCUACUUUUUCUCAUAAAAUCCUACUUUUUUAAGACAGCUUGGGGAAUCAGUAUGUUAUAGCUCUCGUAAUUUGAUCUAUAGGACUCGUAAUUUUUAUUUCCUAGCAUCUCUAGAAUCAUAAUUAAUCAAUAAAUUAAUGAAGACUCUGAAAGUGCCAUUUCCGACGAUCUAGAGAUUCCAAAUAUUCAACUCCCCCCCAGUUAAUCAAGCAUCAUAUAUACAGGGCCGUAGCAACCGGGGGGCUGCAGCUCCCCAAUAAUUUGCUAAUAAUCAUUUUUUUUCAAAAUCAUGCAGACCUUUAUCAUUUAAUCCAUGACAUGCAAACUGCAAAGAAUGAAGAUAUUACCCAUACUUUCCUAGUGCAACUUAUCGAAUGUAUAGUUAAUUAAAUUGUAAAUUUCGACAUACUAAAACGCUGUUUUCUGACCAUUAGAAUUCUGUCAAAUCUUCCCCAAAGUCCAGGAAAUGGCAUUUCAGAGACUCUAAAUUUAAAAAUCUCCUCACUUUCAGCCCCCCACCCCCAAUCGAAAAGAGCUUCCUACGGCCCUCAUAUACGCUCCUGCCGAAGUGUGGAUUGGUGCAUUGUGUAGCCCAAUACAUGCAUUUGAAUUGUGUUGCUGCAGAGCAGAAUGAGCAGAUGCCUUAGCUUUUAUAGCGAUGCAAUUUAAAAGUUUUGAGAAAAACGUCCUGCAUAGAUGAAUGGGUACAUAAAAAUAUUGAGUACCAAAAAUUCAUACAACUUCCCCAUCAGAUAUCUAAUGGUCUACCCCUUACCACAUAUAUCCUAGGAGGCCAAUUUUGUAUAUUUUUGUGUUAUUUGCAUCUCCGAAACUCCUACUUUUGUCCUACUUUUCUACACAUUUUCCUACUUUAUUCCUACUUUUCCUAAAAUUCUAGUCCUACUUUUGUCCUACUUUUCUACACAAGGAUGCCAGAAAGCCUGCAUAUCUAGGACUUCUGGGUCAUUUUCAUUACUUUGUGAAUGAUAAAGAGAAUGAUAAAACUUAUAAUAGUUUUGUUUGUGGAAACACCACGUAAAUUUAUUACUGCAAAGCUUUCGAUCCAUAAGCCCGGAUCUUCAUCAGUGCUAUUAUAUGUUUUAUCGACAUGCAAUCAUACAAAGAACUUAAUGAUAAAACUGUUUCAAAUUUUAGCCUGAACAGGUUCUUAUAUAAAGGGGUCUAACUAAGCAAUUUUAGCCUAACAGGUCCUUAAAAUCUAGGUUCUUCUACGCGGUGUCUUACUGUAAACAAGUGAUUAAGACAGAUAUACGAUGAGUGACUGUCGUUUGUGUUAUAGUUGCCGUGGUGGGAAACAACGGAGUGGGAAAAAGUACUUUCUUGAAAUUAUUAAUUGGAGAACUAGAUAUGGUGAGUGUUGGCUUACAAGGACUGCGUACAUUUCCUCUUUAAAUGACGACGUUAGAUUUACCUUGCGAACUAUUUUCUUUCUAGGGUCAAGGAGAAUUAAUAAAAAACCAUCGCGUGGUAAGCAUUUUUGAUCAUUUGAAAUUUAUUUUAUUGUUUUUGCUCUAAACAUUUUAAUGUUUAUUAAUCAUAACGUUUCUUCCUCCAUAGCGGAUCGGAUUUUACAGUCAACACGCAGCUGAUCAGGUGAGGGAAACGUAUCAAAUGCACAACACACUUCUAAAUACUUCCUAAUAGCCUGAAGACAGAC